CAACACACUGCGCCAAGCAAAAUCGAAACCUUCAGCGCUGAAACUUCUGUCCGAUAACAAGUAAUGGCAGCUAUCCGUAAGAAGCUGGUGAUUGUGGGAGAUGGAGCCUGUGGAAAGACCUGUUUGCUGAUUGUGUUCAGUAAAGAUCAGUUCCCUGAGGUCUACGUGCCCACAGUGUUCGAAAACUACAUUGCUGACAUAGAAGUGGACAGCAAACAGGUGGAGUUGGCUUUAUGGGACACAGCUGGCCAGGAAGACUAUGAUCGGUUGAGGCCAUUGUCUUAUCCAGACACAGAUGUUAUCCUGAUGUGUUUCUCUGUAGACAGUCCAGAUAGUUUAGAGAAUAUUCCAGAGAAAUGGACGCCAGAGGUAAAACAUUUCUGUCCCAACGUUCCCAUCAUCCUCGUGGGGAAUAAAAAGGACUUAAGAAAUGAUGAACACACACGCAGAGAGUUGAUCAAGAUGAAACAGGAACCUGUCAAACCAGAGGAGGGCCGUGACAUGGCCAACAGAAUCAGUGCAUUUGGAUACCUGGAGUGUUCUGCAAAAACUAAGGAUGGAGUUCGAGAGGUAUUUGAAAUGGCCACCAGGGCGGCGCUGCAAGUCCGUAAGCGCAAGAAGAGAAGCGGCUGCCUGCUGUUAUGAGCGACACACUGAAACACAUGCGCGCGCACACACACACACACACACACACACGUUUCCUUGUACCUUUCAGCAGCUGAUCCCAAGAGACACCUACAAUACCUACCACAACCCAGGUGUGGAUGACAGAAAAAUAUUUAUAAAGAAUCUGCACCAUGUGUGUGUGCGUCAGUAACCAAUACCUCUCCAUUCUGCCAUCUUUCUCUUUACUUUUCUUUUCGCCAAUAUACUUUUCUUCUCUGGACUGACUGAUUAAUUUUGUAUAUGUACAUAAAUCCUCUCUGUCUCUUUCGAUUCUGGUUUACAGUUAUUCUAUGCCUCUGUUUAUGAUGCUCGGUGAUUUAAGUUUAAAAAACAAAACAAAAGCAAAUAUACAUUUAUCAUUCAUUUAAACUGCCA